CAGUAACCCCUAACCCGACCCGGAAUAAUCUGAGGUCCAAUCGUUGCACCCCAUUGAGCAAGAGGGAGAGGUAGCGCAGAUGCAGUUGCUCCUCAUCGAACAACUAGGGUUUCGGUUCGGACUUUCGAAUCACAUUCAAUCGGGAUGGAUAACACUGACUUUGACAUGGUAAUCACCAUACCUGAUACUCCAGAUAGACCGGUACGAACUAGAGAGGUUAAGAGAAGACCACCUUCUCCAGAAGCACCAGUGAGAUACCAAGGAGAAGAGUACCGUAAUUACCUUAGUGGUAGAACCAGAGCACUCCCCGAAACUGGGGAAAACCGUGAAAGUUCUGAUACGCUAACUCGCUGGCGUGCUUCAGGAGGCAGUUCUUUGUUUAGGAGACCAGCGGUUGAGAAGGAUAAAGGGAAAUCCAUCUCCGUUGAUCCAUGCGGGGAUCGUGCAGAGAGGAAUCCGGUUUUAAAUCUAAAUCAACUCAAUGGACAUGCUCGUGUUGCUGCAUUUGAAGACAUAAAUGGUUGUUCUCCUUUACGAGGUGAUCAUAACUCUUUUACGCUGCCUCCUGGGAAUAGUAAUAAGGGUAAAGAAAAAGCAGAUUGUGGCUCUGUUUCUAAUAGAGAAACAAUUAACCUUUCCAGUGACAGACAACAGAACAGAGGCACUAAGAGAUUGGUUCGACAUGGCUGCAUAUCUCCACAUGGAAUAGCAGCUAGAGCCAGGCUAGCUGCUGAUACCAAUUCCAAGGAAACUGUCAGUGUUGAACAGGAACUAGCUCCUGAAACUGCAACUUCCAUUGGCAUAAGAGAGAUUGUUUCUGGAAUAGAUAUUCACGGAAGAGCUAGAGGCAAAAGACCAGAAAGUUCGCGUAGCAGGGUGGCGAGUAGAGAUGGGUCGGAUGGGUGGGUUAGUACGCGUAGCCGGAAUCAGAGGGAUGAGAGUGACACACGCGGAAUUUGUAGUUUUGUUUCCGGACUUGAUGUGCAUGAAACCGGUGUGGUUGAAAGAGGAACAAGACAACAACGACGGCGGAGAAAUGGACUUACUAGUUCAAGGGCUUCAAAUGAGCCAGAAGUUACUGUUAUUACAUCUCCUGGGGAACCAUCUAAUUCAAGGCCACCACGAAUUCAGAACCAUCACAGACGCAACACUCAAGUGUUGGAAAUUGAAGAUUCAUCUCCUGAAGUACGGGUCUUCGGCGGUCCUACACAUAUUGAAAACGGUGUAUCUGAUUUGAAUGUAAGACAAAUAGAAGCAGAUGAGAUUUUGGCCCGUGAACUGCAAGAACAGCUGUACCAAGAAGAGAGGUUGAUCAGACAUGAGCAGGAACAGAUGGAUUUAAACUUAGCCAGGAUGUUGGGACAAGAAGAGAAUUCUCGCCGUGCUUCUUCUAGUCGUUCUUCUACUCGUAAUACCCGAAACUCUAGUACCAUUGCAGCAAACCCUGGUGGGAGAAGUCGUCUGGAAGCACGACUACAACAAAAUUCUUCAAGGAGGCGACUGAAUCCUCCACAGGCUCGUGCUCCUGUUAGAGCACCACCACGGGGUCGAGGUCAUCGUUUAGGUCGUGCACCUGGUCUUUUAGACGGAGCUAUGAAUCUCAGUUUUCCAAAUGAUAUGAGCUUUGACGAGCAGAGAUUGGAUUUUUUGGAGGGACUAGAGAAUGCUAUUGAACACACCAUUAACAGUAGGAAUCUUCUUCAUAUGGAUCGUGACUUUAACGAAGAUGAUUACGAAAUGCUGCUAGCUCUUGAUGAAAACAACCAUCGACAUGGCGGCGCUUCUACUCAACGCAUUAACGACUUACCAGAGUCUACAGUUCAGACUGAUAAGUUUGAAGAAACGUGUGUUAUUUGUCUGGAAACACCGACGAUCGGAGACACCAUACGUCAUCUCCCCUGUUUGCACAAAUUCCAUAAAGAUUGUAUUGAUCCGUGGCUAGGACGGAGUAAGGCAUGUCCGGUUUGCAAAUCCUCAGUUACUUGACAAGGUUCUCAAAACUCACCGGAGAAUGUAAAAAAUUACCAUUUUACCCUUCCAAACUGGUGGAUCUCUGGAAUCAUUUUCCUGGUAACUGGUAAGCCAGUCAUUCUUCGCCAUCGGUUUAGAUGAACUCAUGAAACGGUUUUUGUACUAGCGUUCUCGCGUGAGGAAGUAACUUUUUAUCGCUGUGAUUAUUUUGUCGGGUUUAAUUUCUGAGCUAAGAACUGUUAAAGUUAGUUGGUUUUAGUAUUAUCGCUUUAGUUUUUUCUGGUCUCGGUUAAAAACCUAUACUUUUUU